AGAGCUCAUUUUGUGUUUUCAGCCUUCUCAUGUUGGUAAUGAAGUAGUAGCAUCCUUAAUGAUAGAUAGGAAAGAAGACUUUCAGAGGGACUAAAUGAUUGGACAAGUCACUUCGCUGGCGGCGGUUUGUUUACCUGUAAAAUGAGGCGGUUGAACUACCUAUUCCUUUGCAACAACAACAAAAUAUUUAUCACUCUGGAUCUUCUCAGAGUUGGGGAACAAUUUGGAAGCAAAAUCAGUUCCAUAACUCAGACGUAUCUCUACUAUAUCAUUGCAGGAAAUAAAAGCCGGGGCUUUCCAGGCAGCCGGAUGGGACCGAACCCCGCGAUCACUCCGCCUUGUCCGCGCUCUACGCAAGGGCAAGAAAGGAGGAAGUCCCCAGCGGCAGCGGAACGGACUUUGCGGGCGGUGGGGACGUGUUUUUGGAAUGGACCCGGGAAAGGAAGUGUGCUACGCCAUCAAGAGUCCCUCCUCCCGGCUGCUGCGGGGACGCGGCAGGGUCAUUCGCGGUUGGGCUGCUCCGGACGGGUCUGAGCCUUUGGGUCUGUGGUGACGGGCAGAGGUGGCCACAGGGUCCGGACCUGCUUGUUCCGGCGGCGGAUGCGACAGACUGACCUUGGUCGCUGUUAUUUGUAGCUUACAGCCCAGGGUCGGAGCCGAUGGCGGCUUGGGCCGCCGCCAGUCUGAGCAGGGCCGCUGCCCGAGGCUUGCGGGCCCGAGGCCCCGGGGUCCGGACAGUUACUCCGCGCGCUCCCCUGCCCUCCCAGCCUGAGCCACCGGGCCGCGGCCCCGCUCCGGGCAGAGCGCUGCACCUCUCCGCAGCGGCCCCUGCCGGGCACAACAAGUGGUCUAAAGUCCGCCAUAUCAAGGGUCCCAAGGACAUCGAGAAGAGUCGUAUCUUCGCCAAACUCUGUCUGAACAUCCGCCUGGCGGUUAAAGAGGGAGGCCCCAACCCUGAGUUCAACAGCAACCUGGCCAACAUCUUAGAGGUGUGUCGCAGCAAGCACAUGCCCAAAUCAACAAUUGACACAGCACUGAAAAUGGAGAAAACUAAGGACAUUUAUUUGCUGUAUGGGGUUCGAGGCCCUGGUGGUUCUUCUCUGCUCAUUGAAGCGUUAUCUAACAGUGGCUCCAAGUGCCAAUCAGACAUAAGACAUAUUCUGAACAAGAAUGGGGGAGUGAUGGCUGAAGGAGCUCGUCACUCCUUUGACAAAAAGGGGGUGGUCGUGGUUGGAGUGGAGGACAGAGAGAAGAAAGCUGUGAACCUAGAGCGUGCCCUGGAGUUGGCAAUUGAAGCAGGAGCUGAGGAUGUCAAGGAAACUGAAGACGAAGAAGAAAAGAACAUUUUUAAAUUUAUUUGUGAUGCCUCUUCACUGCAUCAAGUGAGGAAGAAGCUGGACUCCCUGGGCUUGUGUUCUGUGUCCUGUACACUAGAGUUCAUCCCCAACUCAAAGGUGCUGCUGGCUGACCCUGACCUGGAGCAGGCUGCUCAUCUCAUCCAGGUUCUCAGCAACCACCAGGAUGUGAUUCACGUCUAUGACAACAUUGAGUAACCAGUCUGUAUGUGCCCCUGGCCUUCUUCCUAGGCAAGUGGCUGCCAUUCUGGAGCACAGGCUUCUGCAGCAAUCUCUGAGACUGCAGCAGUGGGAGGCCUAGCAGGUUAGGAGGCCUAAGGCUGGGACUUGUGACCUUGAGGCCAAGGGGAUCCCACACUUCUGUGGGACCUCUUUGUUGGCUCUGCUGGUGUCUCAGAGCCCACCUGGAUGAGUCUCCCAACACCCUCCUGGGUCUGGUCAGACUAUGACCUUAGGUAGUUGGCCUUUGUGGGGAUUGUAAGUGCUGUGAGGCCCUAUGUACUAGAAACUGCUCUUAAAUAAUAACAGUGAUUGAACUUGGUUGCUGCAUUGCUGUUGUAUGGCUCUUGAGUUUUCCCGAGUUUGUAUCCAACUGUUAGGACCCUCUGGACUAACUUUCAGGUGAAUAGGCUUAUUCCUACUACUCCAAUCCCAGGACUGUUGUUUAUUUUUUUGACUGGGCAUAGAAAUGUAGCUGCAUCCAGGCACUCUAUGGUCUAAUGCUGGUCUAAUAGCCAUAACCUGUCAUUCAUUCAUGCAGCUAAUAUUUCUCUAACACCUGUGUACCGGGAAGUAUGUUUUUCUAGAGCACAACCUGUUCAAUUGGUGCCUUGUAUUAGAUCCUGCUCUAAAACAUAAGACCUCAGAGGGAAGACACAGGACUGCUCUCUACUGGAGCUGCCCUAGAGCAGUGUGAGCUACUGUGCACACAUCUUUGUUCUCUUUGUGUGGCCUCUGUGCUCUUCUUUAAUCACAGAGCUUAAGGCUGUAGCCCAGUAGGAAGUCAAGUGCCAAUGAUAAGGGACUCCUCAGGCCCUGCUUUGCCUGGGCCCCUGUGUGUUCUGAGAUUGGUCAGAGUGGACCUAUUAGCAGAUUGGGCUGCUCUCAGGAAAGGCUACACCAAACUGCUUGGUCCCCAGAAUGCCCAACCCUAGCUCCUUUUCGUCUCUGAUGCCAAAUGAAGGGGCACUGGGAACUGGAGAGGAAACAGGAACAGGAGGAGGUGUGAGGGACUCAGUCAGGAGCCUGGCUAGUGGGAAAUAGGGCCAUUGGUAUGUUUUGCUCCUAAUAGUCAGUUCUGGGUUUAGAAAGGUCAGGAGGGCCAACCUGUGCCAGAGCCUGUCAAGAAUGUCCGGCCUGAAGUGGCUUUUUGAUCCCUGUUAUCCACCUACUUAUAAGUUGUUUAUGCCAGUCCUGAGCUCAGUGUAAUUUUCCUGAAGGAGCCUCAGGUAAUUAAGGAUGGAAAAGAACUAAAAACCAAAUAGACUAUAAAUGAUAACUUCAUCUUCUCAGAAAAGGAGAUUACUAAUUCUACAAUGAUUUCAACAGCUGGAGAGCAAGGGCUAGGGGGAAGAAAACCAAUGAAAUAAUCCAUGAUCAUGCCAAAGAAUUUUCUCUUAUACUUCAUUUCAUAAUUGUAAAACGAACUGGGAUUCUUCAGUUUUAUAGGAAACAGCUUUUCCAAAUAUCUGAAUAGCACAUCAUUAAAAUAGCUCAACUUAAA